ACUUAAAUAAAUACAUUGGGAGGGCAGUUAUGACUACUGUGUGAUAUGAAGACAUUGGGAGGGGUAUUAACGUCUUAUAUAAAGCUGUGAACGGGGAGACAUAAGACAGUUCAACUUACAUUUUGACAAGAAGACUUCUGUCAGCAUGGGUUCUCUCGUCCGUGUGGUAGUGUGUGUGCUGAUGUUGGUGGUUGUGUGUCGAGCUCAGUGCUUCUUCCAGGGGCUGGAGACCAAAGACCUCAAGACUCCAACAAAGGGGUGUGUGGAUAAGGAGGGAAAGCAGCAUGUGUUUGGUUCUUCAUGGGUGAAGGACUGCUACGACUGUUCCUGCUCCAUGCGAGGCAUCAGAUGCUGCAACAGGAUCCCAGAGGUGGUGGAUCUCUCAGCAGAGUGUGAGCUGGUGGUGGACAGAAAAGCCUGCUCAUACAGACUGGUGAUGAAGUCAGACAAGACCAAGGACUGUAACAGCUCCUUCAGUAUGGUCUUAUAAAAAUGUCUGCAUGGUUGCAUGUACACACCAACAUGUAUAGAUGGAACCCCAUUAGCUUUUUCAGAAGCGGCAGCUACUCUUCCUGGGGUCCACAAAAACAGAAACCAUGACAAGUAACAAACACUGAUACACUGAUAGAUCAGAACAGUCCAACAAAUGUAAAAUAUAAUGAUAUACAAACAAUGCAGCUAAAAAAUACAAACAGUACAACAAAAAUGUUGUGUUAGUGUGUUUGUGUGUCCCUUCCGUUCCAGGAGUUGGUUUUAAGUCUGUUUUUUAAAGGUCAUUUUGCUGUUUGCUUGAGUAAUUGGCGAUGGAAGGGAGAUCAAUGCCAUCAGGGCUCUAAAUAAAACUGUGCCUUGAAGCGAA